CAUUCAUCUUUUACGAGAUUGUUACUAUUCCAGAUUGGUAUGGGAGCUAUCGGAUUUUCUACCUUCUGAUUUCUUUAACUUGGAUUUUGAUAAUUAGUUGUCCAUAAAUUCAGUGCAGUCUCACUCUUCGGGUACCACCUCGACCACUUGGGCAAGUUUAUUUCUAUCGAUGCUUUGGUUUCUAUGGAAAAGUAGGAACAAACUGAUAUUUGAGCGGAAAUGGACGCCUCCUGAUGCUGUGUUUUGGCAAGCUAGAUCACAUGCCUUGGAAACUCACUUUGCCUUAAACUCAGCUAUGUUGGCUUCCCCUCGCACGCCAAGAUGGGUCUGUUGGCAACCUCCUACUCAACCAUUUUUGAAAUUGAACACAGAUGGCUCCCGGAAUCAUCAAUCCGGACGGGCAUGUGCCGGAGGAUUAAUCUGCGAUCAUUUGGGUCGUUGGGUACACGGCUUCACAGUUAACAUUGGUUUUACUUCCAGUUUUCUAGCUGAGCUUUGGGGCUGUCAUGAGGGGUUAAAACUUGCCCACUCUCUACAACUGCAACAUCUAAUCCUUGAAAUGGACUCAUUAAUGGCCAUCCAACUUAUUCAAACUCGGCAAGUAGAGAAGGGUCCUUUCUCUGUCUUGCUUACUGAUAUUCUUGUGCUUCUUGAUGCUUUCAGCAACUGUAUUGUCCGCCAUACGCUUAGCAAAGGGAAUUCUGCUGCUGAUUUUAUGGCCUCCCUGGGUCACAAAUCUCCCUUGGGCACCACUUUUUACCAAAAUCCACCUGUCGGGAUCAGUAUGCUCAUGCAUGGAGACACUAUUGGGACUAUGUUCCUUAGACCUUAGACUUUAAUUUAGUUUCCUAUGUACCAAAAAAAUAAAUAAAGUGUUUGGUGUCACCACCAGAAGAGGAAUUUAUUACAGCUUACUUUUUGGCAACAAAUUUAUUACAGCUGA